CCCAUUGGGCGGGGAGGCUGUGACCGAGCCCGGCUGCCCGCCUCAGGCGUCAGUCAGCGGGUGCGGAGGCCAAGGCGUCGCUAGUCAGCCCCGCCUCAGUCAGGCCCGGCCGCCUCACGCUCGGGGGGCUGGAGCAGGUUUCCGCGGCGGCCCCGAGGCGGGAGGGAGGAUUUUGUUCCGUGUGAGUCAGUGAGAGCCUGACACCUCCUCGCCCCAUGCCGGCCCCCCGCCCUGCCUCGGCCGCACAUCCCAGCAGCCUGGGCAGGCCCCGCUUCCCCCGGGCCGUCUAGGGAGAAGAUGACUUUUCAGUGGACAGCAGUUGCAACCUUUCUGUAUACUGAAAUAGGAGUGAUUUUACUGCUCUGUGUACCGUUUAUUUCUCCACUAAGAUGGCAGAAGAUCUUUAUGAUUCCACUAUGGAAUAAAAUAGCAAAUUAUUGGAAUAAGGCAUUCCUAACAAUAAUCGUUCUACUGAUUGUUUUGUUUCUUGAUGCUAUUAGAGAAGUGAAGAAAUACUCAACUGCACAAGGGACUGAAAAGGCUGCAAAUAUCAACCCCAAUGCCUAUGAUCAUAUUCAGAUGAAACUUUUUAGGUCACAAAGAAACCUUUACAUCUCAGGAUUCUCCCUGUUUCUCUGGCUUCUUUUCGUAGGUGUCUACAUUUCUACGGCUGGAUCAGAGCUGUACCUGUACAGACUCUUCUUCACACAGACCAAUAAGAUCCACCACCUCCUGUGUACUCCGGGCUGGAGCGUGUUUGGGACAUUGAAUCUCCAUGAUCCACUUGGCUGUGUACUGAGACGUACUGUCACCCUUAUUACUCAGUUGGCAAAAGAGUUGGGAAUUCAGGUAGCUAUGGAAAUUCAAGUAGCAAAUACUAAUGAAGCUGCCAGAAAAUACAUGGAGGAGAAUGAAAAGUUGCAACAGGCAUUGAAUGAAAAAGGGAAGUGUGAAAAUGAACAGGCUCUAGAAGAACACAAUAAAAAACUGAGGAAAGAAACAGAAAAACUGAAAGCGGAAUUAAAGAAAACUUCGAAUGCCCUUUCCAAGGCAACAAAUGAAGUGACUGCAAUUAAAAAGCAAUCUGAAGGCCUUAAAAGAGAAUAUGAUCGCCUUAUGAAAGAACAUGAACGGCUGCAGGACUUCCUAGAUGAAGAGGAGGACAAGAAAGACCAGUAGAAGCAAUUCAGGAAAGACUACUUUGAUAUAACUGCACCAGUGUGAAGUCUCUUGUUCUUUUCUUUAGCCUCCUGAAGUAGAUGGCACAAGGUUUGAUUUUCUUAAGAAAAUCAAAUGCACUGUAGUUCACUACUCAGAUUCUACUUAUAGCUCUUGGUUGCCAAAUAUAUUCUGUGUUGCAAUGAGAAUACAAAGUGAUAUAUGGGAUAUGCCUUGAAGUUUAUAUUUCAGUUCUUGUGAGGAAAAAUGUAAGCAUAUAAAUGGAAAUUUUCCAUCUGCACUAACAACUCAGAUGAUCUCUAUCCGUUUGCUCUCAAAAAUGGUAAAAGAUCAUGAACAAUAACACCAAUUGCUUGUUACAUUUGACUGGUUUUGUAAAUCACACCAAACCAUGAAAACAUGGUGACUUUAACCCCUUUUUGCCAGUGACUAUCAGGAGUCCUAUGAAAUUUGAUUACUUAUGGGUUAAAUAAGACUAAAUAUUUUUCCUUUUCCAUUCUACUUGUGUAGAAGGAUUUGAUUGACAAUCAGUUUAAAAAAAAAAAGUAAUUUCUAAAUCCACCUUACACUAAUUUGUUUUUUCCCAUUGUGCCACACAGAUGGGUGUGUUUCACUAUUAUCCAUUUUGCAUGCCUUUGGGUUAUUCUUUUGGAGUACUUCAGAAUUUUUUGUCAUAAAAAAUAGCAUUAGUGGGGUUUUUAUUAUUCCCUGAUUCAUUUGUACAAGGAUUUAAAUCUAUUGUUUACUUUGUGUGUGUGCCACUGAGUUUUCUUGCUUUGGAAAGUGUAAAAUUCUUUGAAGAAUGUUCAUGUAUAAUUUACUUAUACUGAUGAAAAGCAAUUCACGGUUAAGGAGUAAUUAUACAAUACCUCAAAAUAAAUAUACAUUUGUUUUUACAUUAUCUGUUUUUUGCAUCUGACAGCUAAAUUCUGAGUAAUUUUGCAUUAGUGAUUCAAAUUUUGUACUUAGAAGUUGGAUAUGAUUGUUAUAUUAAAGGGAUUGUUUAAGCUUA